GAUAUAUAGGAGGUUUGGGUUGGGCGAUAAGAAAUUGGAAGAAAUUGAAUCGGCUGGUUUUAAAGCACACAGCAGAGAUUGCGAGUACCUCAUAAUGACGAUUCCACGAAGACAGCGAGAUCCCCUCGAUGUGCUCAUCAUCGGUGCCGGGAUCGCCGGGCUAACAGCCGCCAUUGCCCUAGGAAAGCAGGGACAUCGCGUUGUGAUCUUAGAGAAGUCGAGAUUCGCGCGCGAGACAGGAGCGGCGAUUUAUAUGCCUCCGAACUGCACGGCGCUGUUACAAUGGAUGGGCAUCAGUCCUAGUGAGUUCGGAGGAACGUUGCUUCAUCGGAUGCAACAAUAUGAUCAUCGAGGGAAUGUUAAGAAUGACCGAGACUUCACGCCGAUCAGGCAUGAGUGGCAGGCGGAAUGGUACCUCGUCCACCGAGUCGAUCUGCACAACCACCUAAAGCAAAAGGCACUGGAGACGGCGACCCUGCAUUUAGAAUGCAAGAUCGUUAACAUUGAUAUAAUGUCUGCUCGUCCUUCAGUGUCGCUGGACGAUGGACGCACGUUCGAAUGCGACCUACUCCUCGGUGCAGAUGGACUACUUUCUGUCCUUCGAAACAAGAUAGCCCCCAGUUCUCCCGCGCCCGAACCGGUGGGCAAGUCAACCCUCCGAUGGCUUCUGCCCGUGACCCAGUUGAAAAACAUGGAGGCCACGUCAGAAGCUGUUCGCAACCCGGGAACAUUUAUCGAGUGGGCGGCAACCGACAGACGACUAGUGGCGUAUCCCUGCUCGGACAACCAGAUCUUCAAUCUGUGCGGAUUCCUGCCGACGUCAGAAGCGGGGGGUUUGGGCGAAGGCUGGCAAGCAAGCGGUAACAAACAGGCCUUGAUUCGGGGAUUCUCCGACUUUCCGCCGAGCGUGAAAGCACUGGUUGAGAAUGCCGGUGAUGAUCUCAAAGUGUGGGAACUAUACGACAUGGAACCUCUACCUUCGUGGGUAAAAGGACACUCGGCGCUUCUGGGAGAUGCUGCACAUCCGUUCCAACCAUAUAUGGGCCAAGGAGGAGCCAUGGCGAUCGAAGACGCGGUGUCCCUCGCAAUCUUGCUACCAUUGGGCACGUCCGCAAAAGAUAUUGCCCGCCGGCUAGCGCUGUAUGAGGAAGCACGACGGGAACGAGUUGAAACGAUUCUGGAGUAUACACGGAUCAACGGUCGCGACGACGACGCGUCAGCGAAAAGAAUCAGCCCGGAGGAAAUGAUCAGGCUCAUCAGAAUGUGUUUCGCGCACAACGAAGUCCAAAGCUCAGGCGCUUUGCUCCAAGAAGCCGGAGGAUGUGAAGUUUCCAAGCUCUAAAUCCCGACAAUUUCUUCCGUUAGAGCGAUGUUCUGCUCAUCGCAGAAUCUGAGCCAUGAUAAGAAGUCAAAAUUUGCGGCGCGCAAUACCAGUGAGGGUUGCGUUGGCAUCUGAAAGGUAGGCAUCGGAGGCAAACGGGAACUGUCAGGGUCGAGUGAACAUUCUGGAGUUGUUAGCAGUCACCAAGUCAAAGCUCCAAGACCAAAAUUGCAAGUUUAGUGCUUUUCCAUUUUCCAGAAGCAAGAAC